CAAUGAACGAAUCGAACAUUGCGUUUUAGACUGUAAACCGGAUCGGAUAUGCGGAAUAACCGGUCCAGUCCAGUUCAUAAACUUCUCCAGCCGCCUUGAUCUCUCUGUUUUGCGAUCGUGACUCUCAGGUCUUCUGAGGCUGUAUGUAAUAGCUUCGAUCUCUAAUUCAUAUUCUCCUGUCGAACUCUCUUCUUCUCUCUCUCUCUCGAGUCGCCAAGCCGUCCAUAGUCGUUUUCUUUGAGGCAAUACAAAGAUGACAACAAUUGAAACAGGUCCAAAAACUACUCAAAAGCCAUCUCCUCCUUCUACUCUCAAGCAGCCAUCGUUUAAAAGGUGGGGAAGGAGACACCCUUUUGUACGAUACGGACUUCCCAUGAUCUCUCUCACUGUUUUUGGAGCCCUUGGUCUCAGCCAACUCCUCCAAGGCAGUAAGGACAUCGCAAAGGUGAAAGACGACCAGGAAUGGGAGAUUAUUGAGACCAGAAAGGCUCUUUCUAGAACAGGGCCUGUCGAUGCUUACAAACCUAAAAACACUUCCAUCGAAGACGAGCUCAAGGCUAUGCAAGGGAAGGUGGACAUUAACUCGUACGAGUACAAGAAAAUUCCAAAGCUAAACGAAGGCAAGUCCACUUAGAUGUGUUUCUGUUUUAGCUUUUUAAAGAACUCUUCACAUAAACUCUGUGUUAGUUUUGACCUUGCCUAAACCAUUAACAGAGAUGGGUUGAUAAUAAUACUUGGUUGGGUUCAUCUACAACGUCUGGAUAACUAUUACUUCUCUGCAUGUAUUCUUUUUAUAUACCAACUGCUUCUCUAACACUUGAUUCUGAAUUCAUAUUGGUUGAGGGUAUUGUAUAAGCUCGUGCUACUUCAUAAUGAAUAUAUCAAAGAAGACUAAACUUUUUAUAGUA